AUGUCCCCAGAUGCUGUCAAAUGUGUCCAAAUGCUAUCAAAUGUGUCCAAAUGCUAUCAAAUGUGUCCAGAUGCCGCCAAAUCAACCCCAAAUCAGAGAUGGAUCGAAAAGUGCCCAAAAUGGAUAUGCACAUGCACAGUUCUUUUGAAAUGCUGGCCAAAGGCUAUCGCUCCUGGGCUUAUGAUACGCCAUUUUAGGAGCAGCCUGCCAGAUAAGACUUGGUCAAUGGAAAGCAUUUCCAUCAAUGCUUUUGGUGUACCCAUUGCUCAUUCGUGCCCCUCUUCAAUCAGCCAGUCGAUUAUGGACCGGGUUUCCGUUUCGGGCAUCCUGGUUCGGAGUUGCUUGCAAACGGUAUCGAUAUUAAGCCCUUCAUUUGCAACACACCCAUUGAACAUAUUGAGCACCAAUUGCUGUUGCGGAUUCAUCUCCGACCCGAACGAACUAGAGGCCGGCAUCGAAUAUUGCGUCCCAUACGACUCAUAUCCUGCAUUGCUUUUUACAAUGCAAGCCGACGAUGUUUUUUCUGAACAAGGCAAUUGCUAUGCACUUGGAAUGGAACAACCGGUACCUUGGUGUAGUAUAAAUGUCCAAAUAAGCAGCUGGACAUGUGGUAAAUUAUAA